AUGGCAAGCAAGCGCAAGGCUUCCGCAAUGGGUUCAUCCGUGGAUGAUGAGCCGGUGGAUCCUUCAGAUGAGUUGGCGUUCUAUUGCCUCGGUGGAGGCAAUGAAGUUGGACGAUCAUGUCACAUCAUCCAAUACAAAGGAAAGACGGUCAUGCUUGAUGCAGGCAUGCACCCGGCCAAAGAAGGAUUCUCCGCGCUUCCUUUCUUCGAUGAGUUUGAUUUAAGUACAGUGGAUAUACUCUUGAUCAGCCAUUUCCACGUCGAUCAUUCUUCAGCUCUUCCCUAUGUUCUCAGCAAAACAAAUUUCAAAGGCCGCGUUUUCAUGACACACGCUACAAAGGCCAUCUACAAAUGGCUGAUUCAGGAUAAUGUCCGAGUCAGUAAUACGUCCUCUUCUUCGGAUCAACGCACAACUCUAUAUACCGAGCGCGACCACCUCUCAACUCUCCCUCUCAUUGAGACCAUCGACUUCAAUACAACUCAUACCAUUAACAGCAUACGCAUCACUCCUUUCCCCGCUGGUCACGUCCUUGGAGCCGCCAUGUUCUUGGUGUCUAUUGCUGGCUUGAACAUAUUGUUCACGGGAGAUUACUCGCGUGAGGAAGACCGGCACUUGAUCCCGGCUACUGUUCCUAGGGGGAUUAAGAUUGAUGUUUUGAUCACAGAAUCCACAUUUGGCAUUUCGUCCAAUCCACCAAGGUUGGAACGUGAAGCUGCCCUGAUGAAGUCAAUCACUGGUGUCUUAAACCGUGGAGGUCGUGUUUUGAUGCCGGUUUUCGCUCUCGGUCGUGCACAAGAACUCCUUCUUAUCCUCGAAGAAUAUUGGGAGCGCCACCCGGAAUUACAGAAAGUUCCUAUUUAUUACAUCGGCAACAUGGCCCGCCGUUGUAUGGUUGUAUACCAGACAUAUAUUGGUGCUAUGAACGACAACAUCAAGCGGCUCUUCAGGCAACGUAUGGCUGAAGCUGAGGCAAGCGGAGAUAAGAGUAUCACGGCAGGGCCAUGGGAUUUCCGCUUCGUUAGAAGUCUUCGGAGUCUUGAACGGUUUGAUGAUGUCGGGGGCUGCGUGAUGAUUGCUUCACCUGGUAUGCUUCAAACAGGAACCAGCCGAGAGUUACUUGAGAGAUGGGCCCCGAGCGAGCGCAAUGGCGUUGUUAUGACUGGUUAUAGUGUCGAAGGCACUAUGGCUAAGCAGCUACUCAAUGAGCCAGAUCAGAUUCCCGCAGUCAUGUCCAAGGGCGCAGCUAUGCAAGGCCGUGGACGUGUUCCUGGAGGCAACGACGAAGACCAGAAAGUGAUGAUUCCACGCCGUUGUACUGUUGAUGAGAUUAGUUUUGCUGCUCAUGUCGACGGUGUGGAAAACCGCAACUUUAUCGAAGAAGUUGCUGCACCGGUAGUCAUUCUGGUUCACGGUGAAAAGCACCAAAUGAUGAGACUCAAGUCGAAACUGCUCAGCCUUAACGCUGACAAGAGCGUCAAGGUCAAAGUUUACACACCAGCAAACUGCGAUGAAGUGCGCAUUCCCUUCAGGAAAGACAAAAUAGCCAAGGUGGUCGGCAAACUGGCACAGAUUGCCCCGCCCUCGGAGCAAGACGACAGUCAACUCAUGGCGGGAGUCCUGGUACAGAAUGGAUUUGACCUGUCAUUAAUGGCCCCGGAAGACCUACGAGAGUAUGCAGGUUUGACAACAUCUAUAAUCACCUGCAAACAACAUCUAACUCUCAGUUCCGCGAGUAUGGAACUAAUCAAAUGGGCCCUCGAGAGCACCUUUGGCGCUAUUGAGGAGAUUGGUACCGAAAGCAACGAAAAGAAAGGGACUAUCAGCGAUUUGGGGGCACAUGUUAACGGUGAAGCUGCAGACGAGGAGAUUCUCAUGGAUAGAGCUCAGACUUUCCUAAUAAUGGGCUGUGUGCUUUUGCGAUACCACCCAAGAAGCCGUGAGGUCGAGAUUGAGUGGGAGGGCAACAUGAUGAACGACGGGGUUGCUGAUGCCGUCAUGGCCGUCCUCCUCACAGUCGAGAGUAGCCCAGCCUCCGUCAAGCAAUCUGCCAAGCAUAAACAUCAUCACCACCACCACAAUAAUGAUGAAUUUGAUGACCUUCUCAAUCCUCAUUCACACCUUGAGGCUGACGAGCGACUGGCUCGUCUUCUCAUGAUGCUGGAGGUGCAAUUUGGCUCUGACAUUGCCCCUAUUGAACGUCCACGCAUACCGACCGAUCUUGCAAUUGGCACCGCCAACGGUGACCAAGCCAGAAGCAAGGAGGAGCGUAUUGCUGAUAUUGAGUCAGCUGAACUAGAGCGUUUGCAGGCUUUGGGAAUUCCCGUUCCUGGGAUUGAAAUCAAGGUGGACAAGCACGUUGCUCGUGUUUGGUUAGAGAGCCUGGAAGUCGAAUGCGCCAACGCUGUUCUGCGUGACCGAGUCCGCAUUGUCGUCGAGAGGGCCGUUGAAACAAUUGCUGGUCUAUGGGCAGCUAGCUCCAUGCCCAAUGAAUCUCUGGUGUCCGAUGCUCCUAUUAAGACCAAGACAGAAAUUGAGCUUGCUGCUAGGACCAAAGCAGCUGCUAUCGAGUCACAAGGUUGA